CCUGUUGUGUGUCCUGCGCGCACAAGUUCCCCUCAAGUCGCCGAGAGCCACUGGUGCCAUCCACUUGCAAGAGCCUUUGGUCAUCCCUCCCACCGUCCGGCACGUUCUCUCUUUGGGACCAAAGUUCGCCGUGGAACCGAAGCUCUCCGCACCUGAACUGUUGUCGCAUGUGCGUCGGGUCGCCCGCCAGGCAACGGAAUCAGAGGAACCGCGAUGCAUCUCGGAAGGAGUCGACGUGUUAACCCGAUGUAAGCAGACAUCUUCAAAAAUUCCUGUACAACGCGUCAUUUCCUUUCUCAAGGACAAUUCGUUAUGCCUUUUAACCGCGGAUAAGGAGGGAGGAUUCGCGUUAAUGUCCCACGACCUGUACCUUUCCAAGGCUAAUAAAGCCAUAUCUGACGUACUUGUUUGCCGCGAGGAUGUACGCCUUUCCGCUGUCAAGAAAAGGGCAAAAGACUUGUGUGAAAAGCUUAGAUUAGAUAGUGUGCUGACAAAGUUCGGUAAAUGCAAGAAGGACCAUCUCGAGAUAUUUUUUAGCGCAAAGACACAUAAGCCAGAAACACCCCUACGAGUAAUAGUCUCCGAGAUAGGCACGUGGCAGAAGGCCUUAGCAAUGUUCCUUCAAGAAAAGCUGAAGUUACUAGAAGUAAAUGACCCGUUCCUCAUAAAGUCGCAAGACGUCUUGGACGCUAUUGCCCCCCGGACUAACGAAGGGCUGUGUGCCAUAUCUAUUGAUAUCAAAGAUCUCUACUACUCGUUGCCCCGCACUGCCUUGCUCGAAUGUAUCAAGAGGGCUCUAGUUCAUUUCGGCUGGAUAGAUUUUAAGGACGCUUCUGGCAUUUCGUCUAGAAACUUCUUAGACCUUUUAGCUACUUACCUGGAUUCCACUUACAUCCUUUGGGACGGAAAGCCUUUUAUCCAGAAGCAAGGCAUCUGUAUAGGGUCCUGUAUCGCGCCCAUAUUAAGCGACUUGUUUUUAGGUAGCCUCAACAGAACCCUGCAGACGCAUCUCACUGGGACUAGUGUUUUUAAAUGUUUUAGAUACGUUGACGACUACCUGUUUUUAAUGAAUUGUGACAAAGGUUCAUUUGAAUCGGAAGUUUCUAACCUACUCACACUUGUCCGUGACUGCCUAGAGCCAUUGCAGCUUACUCACGAAGUCCCGGGAGAGAACGGUUCCCUUAAGUUUUUAGAUGUUCGAUUGUAUUUUCACGACACACACACGUGCUGGUUGUAUGAUCCAAGGGGAAACAAACCUUUGCUGCCGUUUUCGUCAUCCCACUCGAAAUUAGUCAAGAGGAGCGUCGUCAGGCACUGCCUUGACAACGCUAUAGACAAAUCAUGCCGCCAUUUAAUGACAACCAGUCUUGAUCGCCAAAAGGCUCGCCUCGCACAAGCAGGCUACCCUGACCACCUUCUGGUGUCAGUGGCAGAAUCCCUGCUCAAAAAGCCUUCAAGUCGCCAACAGAACGCCGCCAUUUCCCACAACUUAAAAAAAGUGGGCGCUCGAGCAAACAUUGGCGUCGCUUUUACAGCUCCAAACAAGCUGGGAAAGCUGUGCAGGCUCAGCAACCCAACUGCUCACAAAGCGCGCGGCUGCGUAAAAAAUCACAGAGUUCGCCACGUGGAAUGCAAAGAAGGGGUCGUGUACAAGCUCCCCCUUUCGUGUGGGAAAUUCUACGUGGGGCAGACAGGGCGCUGCCUUAACGACAGGCUUAGAGAACACAAAAACAAUGUAAAGAAGGGUGGCGAUGGUUUGUUAACCGCGCAUUGCAGCACGUGUGGGUGUUCGCCUGCUUUUCAUGAGUGCUCUGUCGUACGCACGCACAAAGAUGAGACCACGCGGUUGAUAGUUGAAUCAGCCACCAUACACGAGUUAGGCCAAGAU